GAAGGGGGUGGAGUUCCGCCCUCUUGGUCGCGGCCGGCCCGGAACUGGGGUUACGGAGGCUAUCUGUGCUUCCGGUGGAUUCCCAGGGGCUGCCGGAGUUGUGGACUUAGCCUCCCAGACUGCUCUGGGAAGAUGUUCUACCAUAUCUCCCUAGAGCACGAAAUCCUGCUGCACCCGCGCUACUUCGGCCCCAACUUGCUCAACACAGUGAAGCAGAAGCUCUUCACCGAGGUGGAGGGGACCUGCACCGGGAAGUAUGGCUUUGUAAUUGCUGUAACCACCAUUGACAAUAUCGGUGCUGGUGUGAUCCAGCCAGGCCGAGGCUUCGUCCUUUAUCCAGUUAAGUACAAGGCCAUUGUUUUCCGGCCCUUUAAAGGAGAAGUCGUGGAUGCUGUUGUCACUCAGGUCAACAAGGUGAGACCAUACAUAGGGGAGCCAGUGGGGUAGUCUCUUGGAAGAUGU